AUGCCCGUUGUUGCUGUCGCCGGAGGCACGGGCGGUGUCGGCAAGACUCUUGUUGACGUCCUCACACAAGAGGCCAGGCACGAGAUCGUUGUACUUACACGCAAGGCACGCGAAAAUGAUGCAAUCCUCGACCGCGCAAAACAGAUUGAAGUCGAUUACUCGGACAUCGCGUCGCUCACUCAGGUACUCGAAGAGCACAAAGUCAGCAUUGUCAUCUCGGCAUUAUCGCUCUUCGAAGACGAGCAUAGCGUGUCGCAGCUGAACCUCAUUAAGGCGGCCGAAGAUGCGUCUUCGACGAGGAGGUUCAUCCCGAGUGAAUACUCGUUUAUUCAGACAGAGGACCUCCUUCCCCUCGACCCAAGCAUAAAGUACUUCCUGGACGCGGCGAACCAGCUCAGAAGUUCAAAAACACUGCAGUUUACGCGCGUAGUCCCGGGCUUCUUCAUGGACUACUGGGGCAUGCCGCAUGUACGCACUAAUAUCAAGCCGAUGGCCUUCGGUGUCGAUAUGCAGAGCUGCGAGGCGGUUAUCCCGGGCGACGGGAACGAUGUGAUCUGCAUGACUUAUACAUAUGACAUGGCGGUGUUUAUCGCGCGGUUGUUGGAGGUUGAGCAGUGGGAGGAGUUUAGUGUUGUUGUUGGGGAUGAGGUUACGUUUAAUCAGUUGGUUGAGCUUGGGGAGAGAAUUAGGGGUAAGUUUCGUCUAUUUUAUUGCAGUUGUUCCGAUUCGUCUAUAUUUUGGAAGGUUUGCGUUACUAAUUCAACCAGGGAGGAAAUUCAAGGUGGUGUAUGA